GAAGGAAGGAAGGAGAGGGAUCUGCGGAAGAAAGCCAUUUGGUCAAAGAGUAAGCAGAGCCCUCAACAAGAAGAGAGGCAAGGACAAAGUCACCAUGGCAUCAGUGUCCACUCAGGGGAGCCAAGAGAAAGGUCCCCACUUGCCACCACUGAGCAAGCAGAGCAUGUUGUUUUGCCCAAAAUCAAAACUGCACAUCCACAGAGGAGAGAUAGCCAAGAUUAUUCGAGAAUGUCAAGAAGAAAGUUUCUGGAAGAGAGCUCUGCCUUUCUCUCUUGUAAGCAUGCUUGUCACCCAGGGACUAGUCCACCAAGGUUACUUAGCAGCUAACCCAAGACUUGGAUCAUUGCCUAAACUUGCACUUGCUGGCAUCUUAGGAUUUGGCCUUGGAAAGGCUUCAUACAUAGGAGUAUGCCAGAGUAAAUUCCAUUCCUUUGAAGAUCAGCUGCGUGGAGCUGGUUUUGGUCCAGAGCAUAACAGGCAUUGCCUGCUUACCUGCGAGGAAUGCAAAAUAAGGCAUGGAUUAAGUGAAAAGGGAGAUUCACAGCCUUCGGCUUCCUAAACUGUCUAUGGCUUUUGAGUUUUCUAAACCUCUGAAUUUAUACACAUUUAAAAUUUCAAGAGUACUUUAAAAUAAUAUACUUCU